UUGUCAAAUGUAUUAUUUAUGCCAUUGUUUAUUGUAUUCAUGUUUGUAACUUUAUGCCCGAAAACAAAUUUUGUGUAAUUUUAUGCAUGACAAUAAAUCAUCUUGAAUCUUUAAGGAAUCUCUGUUUUUGAAAAACAAAUAAAUCCUAAUAAAUCCCUUUUAUCGAAAGGGUGCAUUGAAUCCAUCACAAACGUCUGUCUGUUGUUCUAUUUUUCUGUAGACCGUAACGACUGGAGCCAGUACGAUCCGACUCUGGUUGCGGAAGCCUUAUACGCAGUAGCAAACGUGUUGAGUUUCUCACGUCUCCUCUAUAUUCUCCCAGUGAAUGAAUUCCUGGGACCCCUCAAUAUCUCCCUUCAGAAAAUGGUGGGUCAGAUACUGCGUUUCUUCUCCGUCUUUAUCGUGGUCUUCUUGGCUUUCUUCUGCGCUCUCACCAACCUCUACCGAAACUACCCAGAUCAAUCUAAGUUUAAAGGGUACGUUAACGCCAUCCAAACCUUGAUCUGGGCACUCUUCGGUCUCGGGGAUUCUGGUGACGUCUCCUAUCCCAAUGAUGCAACGUGCGAUACAGAAACAUGUGGUCAAAAGACGACAGAGUUUGUAGGUGUCUGUCUAUACAUGGCCUACCACCUAGUCAUGGCUUUGGUCAUGCUCAAUAUGCUGAUCGCAAUGAUGACAACAUCCUUCCAAGAGAUUCACGAUGAUGAAGACGUUGAAUGGAAAUUCGCCCGCUCACAGCUCUGGAUGACGUAUUUUGAACGUGGCGCCACCCUCCCGCUUCCCAUGAAUAUCAUCCCCAGCCCAAAGUCUGUCUACAACUUCUUCAAAUGGCUUAAGAAAACCCUCUGUCCAAAUUGCAGGAAGAAUGCCAUCACGUUACAACAACUACCUGUUGGUUUACAGAAUUUAGCAAGGCGACCUGGAGUUCGCAAACAAGUUAGCACUCAUGAAUGCUUGAUGAAGACAGUUAUCAAGAGAUACCUCUUCAAACUCCAGAAUGAUAAAGAAGGAGAAGAAGGAGCAGAAGGUGAGCUUGAAGAGAUCAAGAACGACAUUUCCAGCUUUCGCUUCGAGGUGAUGGAGAAGCUAAAAUACCUGGAUCCGACUGCUAGUAGUGGUGGAGGUGGAGAGAGUCCUGUCUCGGCAAGUUCAGGCCUAGUCUUCCAGGGAACUAACCGACCAGAACCAGUGGUGAGCAACAAGCAAGAAGUCCUGCUUCGGAAAAUGUACGUGCUCGAAAGCCGUGUGGAGGCAAUGAUGGAGAGCUUGGAGAGAAUCUUUUUGCAAACCAAUGAGGCUCUGAGGUCGAGCACAAUGGGAAAUGAGAUAAUUCACCAGUCACUUGUUAAAGAAUCAGAAGAGAAAGUGAAUGGUGAUAUUUGUAAGACACAAUGAUCGACGGCAAAGGCACAGUAAAUAAAACAUUUUUUUUUAAGAUGGUGGGCAUAAGACUGCAGACGUCACGCGCGUAAAACAUUCCCCAUAGACUUGUGUGUUAAAAUGGCUCUUUUGAAAAAUUCAUUAAAAAAUAAACGUGAAAUUAGAGGGUCGAAUGUUUACUACCAUUGGAUAGGAUAUAUUUCUGACAUUCCAUAACUGACCAGAGAAGGGUAUCGCAGCCAGCUUAUUUUAAAAAUAAAUCGCCAUUUAUGAAGAUAACUAUGAUGGGAUCAAAGUAAUCAACUGAAACAGUAAAAUCGCCCUAAUUCUUCCGCCAGUCAAAAAAUAUCUUCCUAAUUUGGGCAAAGGAACUUCAGUAGUUACCAUUUCUAGAAUCAGUGUUAGAUUUUCAAUUAUAUUCAUACACUUCGGUCAAUCAGCAAUAUCAGAUUGAAAAAAAAUCGAAUGGGUUGGAUUGAAAGAAUAUUUUAGCCUUCCUGUUGAAAUUAGGCUCAUGGAACCUGCACUUAAUUUGUAUAUCAUGGAAUGUGUACAGUAUCUGAUUUUUCAAUAACUUCUUAUGGAUACCUCCCUGUUUAUAGAGUAAAUUAGGCCUAUGUUUUUUCCCUUGAAUGGGUGAUUCAUUGGUAGAUUUUCUAUCUCAUGAAAGUUGUUAUUUUUCUUUCUUCACAAUCUUCUGCAGUAUUUCAUUAUAACAUAUAUAACUGCGCCUGCCGAGACGACCUCUUUUAUUUCCCUUCUUGAACCUAUUCAUCCUCCUCCUCCUUAUUGUUCCUUUUCUUCAUAUUCUUAUUCUCCUCUAUUUUCCUAUCCAUCUUGCUCUUC